AAAAUGUCUUAAAAAUAUAAUUUUCAAAAUUUAGACAUUUUUUUUGAUGUCGCAAAGGUUGAUUAUUUGAGCGUGUUUAUUGUUAAUGAGUUUAGAAGAUAAAAUCAUGUACAAAUCAAAAAGUGGAGGAGCGCCCUCUGACUCUCAAGCUAAAGAGAAGCUUGCUCUGUAUGUAUAUGAAUAUUUGCUACACGUUGGAGCACAAAAAGCAGCGCAAACAUUCCUAAAUGAGAUCCGGUGGGAGAAAAACAUUACUCUCGGCGAGCCUCCUGGUUUUCUGCACUCGGAUUUGUUAACUCUGGUUACGGGACUAACGGAUUACAUAACUCGCCCUUGCGCCCGUCCCCGCCCAAUCCGUCACCUGGAACCCCUGGUCCUCCAAUGAUGGGACCAGGAUUUCCUCCGAUGGGACCCAGAUAUGGUCCACGUGGUCCACCGAUGCGGAUGCCGAUGAUGGGCCCUGGCGGAGAACCCUUUAAUGAUGGAGAUUUCUUUCAUCUCCAAGGUCCGCCUGGUAUGGGCCCAAGAAUGACCCCACCACGAGGUCCACCAGGCGGUCCAAUGGGUUACGGACCCAUGCGUGGUCCACACCCCGGACCUAUGCCCCCUAUGUCUGGAAUGGGGGGUCCCCGACCCCCUUGGCCCCCCUCAGCAAUGUCGCCAUUUCCUCAUCAUUCACCAGGAUAUGGUGGCCCACCCCAGGGACCAGGUACCCCGAUCAUGCCAAGUCCCGGACACGGUCCUGAUCCUGGCCCUGAUCCUCUCUUCAUGAUGAAGAAUGUUCCUACCAGCAUUUCAGGGGGAACUGGACUAGACUUGAUAAUAAGGAUGAGAGAGAAAAGGGGGGGGAUAGUCAAAUGGGGAUCACAUAAGCGAAGAACAUAA